GAGCCCACGAUCGCUUCACCCUUCGUCCGUGGCCGUCGACCCUAUACCCACUACCGCAUUUCUCCUAGUCUCUUUUCUACUUUCACAUCCUGCACAUUUGUUUGAGAAACGCGCCAGUUCCACGCUAUUCGGUUGUACAUGCCACCGCGCCCUUCCCCAGUCCCAACGAAAGGUGCUUUUAACCCCCCAAAUGACGCCUCCACCUACCGCGAUCUGCUUUUGUUUGAAGAACGUCUCAAGACGAAUGCUGCUAGUCUCAACCGCAGGAAACAUCGCUACCAAUGUGCGUUUCCUUCCGUGAACUCCUUUCCCUGUUGGCUUAUACCAGAUCAUACCCAGUCUUGCUCGCACAGCUGCUGUUAACAAUACUGUUCUUGCUCUCCGAGGUCUUCCUACACACGGACUUUCUUGCUGCACCUUGUCAUUGGGCAGUAAGUCUCGUGCUUCCCCAAACCUACGCCCAUGAGGUAGAAAUUACUACUCACCAGUAUAUCGCUCUGGGAUUGCUUUGCAUCUCAGUGACAACCUUGGCGCUGUUCUUCAUCAGUGGAAUGUAUUCUGAGAAGGUUGGGUAUGCCAAUAGAUAUGUCCCCCAUGCCAAUCGUGCCUUACGAAAUUUCAACAUGUAUCUUAACGUCCGCCAACCGCCAUUACGUUCCAAACUCCCAUUCAACCCCUUCUCCUUCCUUUUCCCUCGCCCAUCACCUUCGUCAACUCCAUCACCCUCAUCACCAUCCUCACGACGACGCUCACCUUCACCGAAACGAGCCACGAAACGCAGCUCCUCUGUACCAAUCUCCCCCAUACCACCGGCCUCAAACCCUCGAGGAGAACUCAUUUUCUCCUCAAGAGUCGAUCGUUCAUUCCGAGAAAGCUAUGAUCGAUACAGAGCUGCAUUCGAGCGCAGGAGGGAGGAACGAGAACGGGCAGCCUACCAAGCCACAUGGAUAGGAUGGCUCCAUAUGAAGUUAUUCAGGAUUCCACCAGCAUCAACAGGUGCCAGCAGUGUACCUAGUGGAACAGCUACGCCUGUUGGAGGGACACCAGCACUAGCACGGACAGGGAGUGCGACAGGAAGUCAUAGAGGGAGAGGCGGAGGGACAGGAAGCUUGCCAGGUACACCGUCCUCGUCUAGGCGGCCAAGUCCCGUUCCUACAAGGCCGUCUAGAAUGAGCAGAGGUUCGACACCUCCUGACCACUCCCCAUUGAUCAUGAACUCUUAGGCUAUAUGAAACUCAAGACUAGACUAUAUCUAAUAUUGUAUUAUAUAUUCUUCAGAUGUCAUGCUCGAGAUAUACGAAGUGUGGGCAAAUUCACUUACUGGUGAUAUUGAGACUGGAGACGUUACACAUGCAGGGAUGGUAAACGUAACGAAGGGUCAACAUUGUAAGCGCAGGUGUGCAAGGAGUGGGGAACUAUUCACAUGAUGUAGGAUAUACGUAUGUACGAAGUAUCCAUGAUGAAAUCUGAAUCAAUGCAGAUGAAUGUUCCGUGGUG